CAGGAGAACCUUUCUCCUUCGUCAGCAAUGGCGGUUCGCUUGUGGAGGAGGAGGCUCCCUCCGUCGUCGGAACCGACGAUCUUGCUUCAGAGAUGCACGGCGGCGGCCUUUCUGGGCCGCACUGGUCCAAGGUGGGCCUCCUCCUCGACUUCGUCGUCCACAUGUCCUUCGCCAGAUGGAACCCCGUCGAAGACGCAGAAGAAGAUAACCGACCGUCUGUCGGCAGUCAUAGAUGCCGUCAAUGACCGGAAGCUCCCUCCCGAGCUCCGCGGCCAACGCAAUUCAGUCAGAUCUGAGACUGAUAUCAUUAAUAUCGUCGAGCAGAGGAUAUGGCACUCAAUGGAGGAAGGGCAUUUUGAGAACUUACCAGGUAAAGGAAAGCCUCUCAACCUCAGCGUCAAUCCCCAUGCAGACCCUGCUGAAGACACCCUAUAUAGAAUCCUUUCAAAGAACGGAUGCGCUCCAGAGUGGGUUGAGCUUAAUAAAGAGAUUCGAAGUAAGAUUUCUGAAUGGCGGUCCGCCUUGAAGAAAGCAUGGACAAGUAGAGGCAUUGGAAAUAAUUCCCAGUGGACCGAGUCUGCUGAGGCUUUGAAAGUUCAAAUGCGUGAUAUCAAUGAUAAGGUUUUCAGGUACAACCUCAUUGUUCCUUUUGGGCGGCAGAUGUUUGGGUUGAAAUGGGAGAAAGAAAUAGAUCGGCUGAAAGAAGAAUCCUGAUCGGGAGAGGUUCUAGAUGGCCGGAAAAUGAUGCGUUUUGUACUGGGGGACGAGCUCUUGUUGUAGUUAUCAUCCCUAUGCUAUAGCUCGGCCUCUUAUAGGUUUUUAGUUCUCCCUGCAACAACCUGAAAUUUACAUACCUACCUAAUUGAGCAGUUGCUGAAUCUUCUGGAGGUUUUAAUUACGAGGGCCGGGUACUGCUACUUGGGGCUUUGCAGCAAAAAUGGUGUAUGUAAAUGUAGCGAACGGACCAUGUUUUCUGCCGAUUUUGUUUGCACCAUGGUUUGUUGAAUUCGUACCAUCUUGAACACAGGAUCUUUCGUGGCUUA